UAUAUAACCGGAUGAUACAACAUAUACAGUUAACACUAUAGAGGGAGUGGGACGCAGCUAGCGCAUGUAUACAGUGUGUCGUUUCGCACUCGCGCCCUCUCUGUCCCGCGGCCCGUCCCCGGCAACUGUCAGUUUGUCCGCGUGCCGAAAAUGAAGCAACAGUGUUGGUAACAACUCGCCGCGGAGCGUCGCCUCUACUGUAGCGCGUUCUAUUUUUGAAUUGACGUUUGACAGUUGCAGUGUUGCCAGUUGGCUUGAAAAUGUUUGGUAGUUUUAGGGUGUGAAAGAAAGCUUUAUACGAACGGUUUACCUUUGAUUUGUUUGUUAUAUUAUGGAAAUGUCGCUUCCGAACGGUGUCGAUGUGUCACAGCUGGUGCAGCAUCCCGUGUUGGCCGCGUUACCGCCCUUCUUCCUCAGAGCUUCGGAGAGAUACCAGUCGACCUUUGUCCCUCACCAGAGGACGCCCAAAUGCGCCCGAUGCCGCAAUCACGGCGUCGUUUCGGCCCUUAAAGGACACAAGCGCUACUGCCGCUGGCGGGACUGUGCUUGCGCCAAAUGCACCCUUAUCGCUGAACGACAACGCGUGAUGGCCGCUCAAGUGGCGCUCCGUCGGCAACAGGCACAGGAGGAGAACGAGGCACGGGAACUGAACCUGUUAUACGCCGGACAGGCGUCAGCCCCGCAUCACUACACCGACAUACCCGACGAAACACCGGUUCAGAAACGCGCCCGAAUCACCGAGGUAUGUUCCAGUCCGUCGCCACCGACGGAGCAGCAACCGCAAGAGACAAAAACCCCCGCCCCCACGCCGCCCCUCUCCACCCCUCCACCUCGAUCCCCAUCAGACCACGAGCUUAACGUCGAGGAGGAGUUGGAAGACCAGUCAGAAACAUCGCUUACACCUGAAAACCUCAGCAUGAAAGAGGCCAGAACAGAAGAAGUACCUGUCAAGAAGGAAGACGAAGAGAAAUGGGAGAAUCCAGAUUUCAAAUACAAAAUGUUCCGGCGCGACAGAAAACCGGAAUCCGCGCCCGAGCCAGUCCAAGAAGAUUCGCAUCAGUACCAGAAGUCCCCAGUAGAUGUAUUGAUAAAAGUAUUUCCCCGACGGAGUCGGUCCGAAAUCGAGACUAUCCUGGCGAGGUGCAAGGGAGACGUCGUGGCCGCUAUGGACAUGAUGCUGAACGGGUCCGACACGACAUCCUACAGCGUAACUCAAGAGUCGCCACCAUACUUGCAAAACUACCAGUCCAAAUCUGCUUUCUCUCCGUUAUCUAACCAAAGCUUCAAGUUUUCUCCGUCUAGAAGAUUCUUAACGCCACCUUAUAGUGGAACUGGUUAUUUACCGACGGUAAUACGGCCUCCCCCUGAUUACCUCUCAUCGUUCAUGCCUCCAGCGGAAUUGAUGUAUGGGAGACAACUGCAGGUGCCCUCGCCUGGUACCUCGCCCACCUCGGACAAUACAAACAAUGAAGGCUUCUCUGAUUAGGGGUACCUGAAAUAUUGGACGGUUUUGUAAUAGUUGGACGUUUGGAUAGUCGCAGUAGGUCAGCAAUGUGGUAGUUGUAGUUCUGUAAAUAACUUACUUGGCAUGUAAUAAUUAUAUAUUUUUAAAUUAUGACUCAGUGACUGUGCAGAUUUCGAUGGUUCGAAACAAUAAUCAGAUACAGUGACCAAAUAUAAAUGCGCCUGGAUGUACGGGGGCGUCCAGCAUGCAAGGACUGAUAGAUAUGAUUCUAAUUAGGUUUGCGAAUUGUAUUUGAUAAAGACACAAAAAGAACAUAAAGCACAGAAUGAAAAUUGUAUAAUUAAAUGAAAAUUAUAUUUUAUUUGUUGAGUAGAGGAACGUAGUUUCGUUCACUUGGUCUAAUUCCACCUCAUGACGAUUGUUACAAUUAAUAGAUAUAAACCGAAAAUGAUCAUCUUUUUGGGUUAGUUCUAUUUCGUCCUGUGAUGUCUCAGCCUGUUAGAUAGAAUAGUGACCAAAACCUUGUCCAAUUUUACCAUAACAAGAUACAAAUCUGCGCGUUUACCGCAAAAAAGACGCCUUUUGUUGCCGCCUCUUCACUUUCAAAGCAUUUCCCUUGAUAAUAAGUCGAGUCCAAAGAUCUUGGCGUUGAUAUAUCCAGCGACGUCCAGUUUUGCGGUCAUCUGGAAGAAAAGGAUAAGAUGGCCUUCAAAAAGUUCUCUUCAUUAAUUUUGAACUAUAAAAAACUUAAUGUAUUGUUAACUAAAAUACGCAUUUUGGUUCAUACGUUGACUUGGUUGAGAAAGAAACGCUCCUUUCUCAAUGUAAACCCAAAAUUUUUAGUUAGUCCAAACAUACAAAAAUUUCAGUCUGUAGUAUUAGGAAUUGUGUAACAUUAACACCACAGUAUGAGGUUUUUGAUAGCGACAGAUAUGGAAUGGAAAGGAAAAUAAUAAUUUUCACAUGAGUGAGAAAUAAAAAAUCGUUUUAUGGGAAAAAUACUCGUACACAUAAAGGAUGAGAUCUCAUAGGACACAUGGCUUACAACCUAUCAACGAGAGCUGUUAAAAUAGUUGAUUAUAUUUGUCUCUCUUUAUAGCAAUAGUAUAUAAAUAAAGUAGAUUUGUAAAGCCAAAUAAAUAUUUAGUGUUAAUAGUAAAAAAUAAUCUUUACUAAAUACUUUUGUAUUGUGUACAUAUUUAGAAUUAUGAAACUUAACAAAUAAUUGAUCAGUAUACGGAUUUAUACUUAAUGUAGUUAAAAUAGAUGCAAGAGAUUAGAAAUAUAUAUGUACUUACUUUUAGUUCUAUCAUAUGUUACUGUAGGCAUAUGGCUAGUGCGUGUGACGCUAUACGGACUGUAUGUAAAUAUUAUAUAGAACAAACAGAUACCUUUUUCAUACGUAAUUUUUAUAUUUGCUUCGAAUAAUUCGAACACUCCGUUAACGGGGGUGUUAAAUUUUAUGAAGCUUUCAAUAUCGUAUUUAGUAAUAACAUUCUAAAUUGUAUAAAUUUCACACAGUUUAGACAGUUUAUAAUUCUAAAAAAAUUAUUUAGAAUUGAAAUUCUAAAUCGUUUAAACUGACUUACUAGUAGUAAGAGAUUUUGUUGAAUAUUAUUAUUUUUUUGGUUUGUGAAUGUUUUGUGUAGAUAAAUUAGUUUUCAAUAAAACAAUGCUCAUUGUUGGGGUUUAGUGUUCAAAGUACCUAUAGUUAAUUAAUGUAAUUGUAAAUAUAAAGUAGUGGUCGAUGCUUAACCGAUAUUACUAUGAGAUUGCAAUUAAUGUAAAAUAUAUGUAACGAACAAUAAUAGUGUACGUGCUCAAUAAAUUUGGAUCAUCACUCGA